GGAGGCAUUUUUUUUGGCUGCAACCCCAAAGAGCAUGGAGGGUACUUGGAGAAUUUGUGUUUGUUUCUAUUGCUGUCUUCAUUGGCUUGCUUCUAGCAUCCAGUGUUCCCCCCGCUCCAGUCGUGCGGUCUCUGACAAGACCUCUGGGUUACUGGUAGCUCCCGAGGACAACGCCAGUGAGCUCAACCCGUUGUUGCGGCUGCCAAAAGGUGUGAGACGUGGAUAUGCCCUCCUGCCUCCCCUUCUCAAGGUGCUGUCUGACCGGGGACACCAGCACUGGGAAAGCGAGGUCCCCAGGCUACGGCCAGACUCCAGAGCCCUUCGGUACAUGAAGAGGCUAUAUAAGAUGGCUGCUACCAAGGAGGGAAUCCCAAAGGCUAACAAAAGCCACCUCUAUAACACCGUUCGACUCUUCACUCCAUGUUCUGAAUGCGAGCACCACCACAGGGACCUAAUGAAAGGAGACGUUCACUCGGUGGAUUUACUCUUCAACCUGGAUCGCGUUACUGCUCUAGAGCACUUACUCAAGUCUGUCUUGCUCUAUUCCUUUGACACAUCAGUUCCCAUUUCUUCUUCCAUUACGUGCAUGUGCCAUUUAUCUGUUAAGGAGCAUGAUUUUUCUAGCCAAGUAUGUCCCAGCGAUUCACACUCGAUAGCUUUUAGCCUGCACUUUGAAGUUAGAAAACGCAAGUGGGUUGAGAUUGAUGUGACUUCUUUUCUCCAGCCUCUAAUUGCUACUAACAGGAGGAAUAUUCAUAUGGCUGUGAACGUCACUUGUCUGAUGGGUGAUCCACAACAGAACACUAAACUGGAAAAUCCCAUUAAUGUGGCACUGGUUCCCCCUUCUCUUCUUCUUUAUCUGAAUGAUACCAGUGAGCAAGCUUAUCACAGGUGGAACUCACUUAGACACAGAAGGAAAAACCCAGUGCGGCCCAGGCAAAGGAACAGUCCCCGUGCUGAUCCCACGGGUGACACAGGGAAAGAGAAUUCGCAGGGUAAGAGGGCCUCUCGACAGCGAAGAGAUGAGAAUCUGAAAGAAGCGCCAGCAACUCCACCUUAUAAUUUGAGCGAGUAUUUCAAACAAUUUCUGUUCCCUCAAAAUGAGUGUGAGCUUCACAACUUCCGUCUAAGUUUUAGCCAACUAAAAUGGGACAAAUGGAUAAUAGCACCACACAGGUACAGCCCUCAGUACUGCAAAGGCGACUGCCCGAGGGUCGUCGGGCAUCGUUACGGCUCUCCUGUGCACACAAUGGUGCAGAACAUAAUAUACGAGAAACUGGACUCGUCCGUUCCAAAGCCCUCCUGUGUUCCUGCCGAAUAUAGCCCACUGAGCGUCCUAACCAUAGAGCCCGAUGGCUCCAUAGUCUACAAAGAGUACGAAGAUAUGAUAGCUACCAAGUGCACUUGUCGGUAGUGGGUGAACCCUAAUUGGUUUUACUCCGGGUUUGGGUAUUUUUGCAUUCUCAAAGUAUCUGUUGCUAUAAUCAACUGAAUAGUGUUUGUGUAAUUCUAAUAGCUGUAUCAAAUCGGUUAGGAUUUAGCAUGGCGUUAGUAGAAGGUGUUUACAUCACAGCACUUAUUUUUGUAGCCACUCAGCCCUUCUAGAAUGUGAAAUUAAAUGUAAGUAAUACCUUUUUAUUGGAAUAAUUUUGCAUUUAAAAUGUAGAAAAGGUUUCAACUACCAGGUGUCUAUUUUAAGCUGUUUUGUUAUAGAUUUAAAAAAAAAGAAAUAAAUGCCUAUCAUGCAUACCACUUACAUUCAAUGCCUGCUAGUCUUCCUCUAUAUAAAGAAACCUUUUGUAUGACAUCUCCAGCAAGUGUCUGGGAAGAGAGGAAAGUCUUUAACGUUAAAAUUACUUUCUCAGUUCUUCAUUCUUUUUCCCUACCACAUUUCCAGUUCCCCCGAGCAAGAAGACAACUCCUCCUUACGGUUCUGUAAAAAGUUACAAGGCUGUUUCUUGCUUUUCUUCUGCCUUUGGGCUUUC